GUGGCUUUGUUUAUUUAUUUUUUUAACAAUUUAAUUUUAAUUCAUACAAUGUUUUCGUACCUGAGAGGUUGGGUGCCAAUAUAUAUAUAUUUUCACAAUUCAAUUUUAAUUUAUAUAAUAUUUGGGUACUAAUUUGUCAGUUCUCACUGCUCUGAAGAUAAAAUUCUACUUCUUUAUUAUGGAAAGAUGGUCAUUUAGGGAAUUUUGAUUACCGUCCCACGUUUCUUCGCCUGCACAAUUGCUUAAACUGAUUUGUAUUGCUUUUAAAAAACAGAACCAAACAGGCGCUAGGUAUUUUUUUUUCAUUUUUUGUCCUCUAAUUAUUAUGUAAGUUACUAAUGCAUAUGUGCAAAUAUUUAUACAUGCAAUUGUGCAAUUUUACAUAUGCAUACAUGCUUAGAAAGUACUUUUUUUGAAUUAGUUAGUUAGAAACUUAUUUAUUUAUUUCUGUUGUUUUUUAUUGGUAUAGAUGGAACAACGUAAAUGGGAAGAUUUGAACAUGGAUUGCCUGGCGAAUGUGUUUGAGAAAGUGGGAAUGGAAUCCUUUCUAUUGGAUGUUCCCUUUGUGUGCAAGUCUUGGUACAAAGCUACUCGUUCUCCUCUAUGUUGGCGAACAUUUGUUAUUCCUAAAGAACCAGACACCAUCAUGUCAAGAUUAUCCAAUGAAUACCGACUAAAAAAGCUUGAUGAAACCGAACUGGUUAAGUUUGUUGUCAGUCGAAGUAAUAGGUGUAUUGUUUCGCUAGUGCUUUCUAACAAUUGUUCAGAAGAAGCAAUAACUUAUGUAGCUCAAGGGUGUCCUGCCUUGAAAUAUUUGGAGCUGCGCAAUGACUCGCGCGCUAAUUACUUAAAAUCUUGGUCAUACUCCCGUACUUGCUCGUCUGCUCUGAUGUCCCUCGUAUGCAAGUGGCAUGAUUUGGAAGUGAUCAAAUUUGGGGGCAUAGGUUUUAUUGAAAAAACACUUGCCCAAAUCAGUCUUCACUGCAAGAACUUUGUUGGGUUGACCAUUUUUUUAGCAUGCAUUACGAAAGCGGAAGCAUUGGCGAUUGUGACCUUGCUGCCAGGCAUUAAGCAUCUGGAAUUAAGAAAUGCAAUCAUUGCACCGGAGAACUUAGUGAUGAUUUUACGGGGUUGUAAAAAGCUUGUGCAUUUCGAUGUUAGGGACGGCGUUCGUUUUAGAGUUGAUAACGAGAUAUUGAAGCUUGCUGCUCAUAUUCCUACUUUCAAGUAUGAAGGUUCAAGACUUGGAACAAUUUGAUGCCGACAGCAUUUGUUUUGAAGUUGAUUAUGAGAUAUUGAAGCUUGCUUCUCGUAUUCCUACUUUCGAGUAUGGACAUUCAGAUGUCCGAGGAGAUUGAAUUUGCUGACGAACUCUUGAAUUUCUUUUAUGUAAUGCAUUCGGUAGGUUAGUCCUAAGACACUGUUCCUUUUUUUAUUCCUACUUGAUCUUUGGUCACCAAUUUGAGCUGCUACCUCUCUUGAGUUAUGUUCGAGGGUGAUGAUGAGAUAUUGAAGCUUGCUUCUCGUAUUCUUACUUUCAAGUGAUGACGUGACGAAUUCUUGGAACGGUUUGCCAACCUUUUGUUGGUUUAAGAAAAUUCUUUGUAUAACUUGGAUGAAUUGUUGUGGGACAAGGACUUGUCUGCUUUUCUCAUUAACUCUACACAUGUAUACAUACAUGUAGGCUUAUGUUUUCUAGUUCGUUUUUGAAUUUUUUUACAAGGGUCAUAUUUACAAUAUUGCUCGACAAUCCUGCUGUCAACCUAGUCAAUGGUGUAGUAUAACAUUUUCUCUGAGUAGUGAUAUUUGGUGCAUUGGAUGAUGAAGCAAGGGCUAAAGGGUUCUUUCCAAAGUACCUUCCGUUUUUUCUUUUUCUUUUUUAUACUUUUCUUUUUUAAAUUUCAAGAAAGCAAAACGCAUAAAAUUGCCCACGCCUCUUUCUAUGCCAAAUAGAUGCGUAGACAAACCAAGCUUGGGCCUUAUGGCUCAUUGGUGUAAGCCUGGCCAUCGACAUAUACUAGGAGGUUAAUUACUUAGAAGCUUGGUGAGCGUUUUUGCAGUCUGCUUUACAUGGCCUCAUGUGGCCAAAUU